UUAAUAUUGAAGUAGAAAAUAUGACUGCCGACUGCUUAAUUCACUGCCGAUCAUUGCCGGACGAUCUCUUCAUAGAGAUCCUUUUAAGGUUGCCGGUGAGAUCUCUGCUGCAAUUGAAGUGUGUGUGCAAAUCAUGGAAAACCCUAAUCUCCGAUUCCCAAUUUGCAAAACGACACCUUCAGAUGUUAACCGUCGAUCCAAGCAUAACCAAUCCACAGUUUUUCUUUGGCCGAGGAGACGGCAAAAUUUUAUCUCUCCCUGUAAAGCCAUUAUUGGAAAGUCCAUCAGAACCUACUAAAGCGGUUGAGUUCAGCAUGGAACCUAGGUUUGGUGUUCUCGGUUCAUGCAAUGGAUUGGUGUGUCUGUUGGAUAUCGAUGAAGGUUAUGUUAUAUUGUGGAACCCUUCAACCAGAUUCAAAUCCAAUAAAUCUCCAUCCCUUAAUUUAUUAUUUGAUAAAUGGGACGUCUUAGGUUAUGGCUUUGGCUAUGACCAUGUUAAUGACAAGUACAAGGUGCUAGUAGAUGUACGUCAUCACGGUAACAUUGGUUAUAAUGAAAAUGUGAGACUAUAUACUUUUGGAGAAAAUUCUUGGAAAAAUAUCCAGAAUUUUCCUAGUUGUCCCACUAGAUUUAGAGGAAAAUUUGUGAGUGGCACUCUAAAUUGGGUAAUAGUUAGACAGGAUGGUGGAUAUAGCCGAAUUACGGUUCUUUCAUUUGAUCUUGUGAAGGAGAGUUAUACUGAAAUAUUACUGCCUCAAAAUCAAAAACAUGAUGGUUGGAUUGACGCCAGACCUAUGCUUGGUGUUUUGGAUAACUGUCUUUGUCUGUCUUUUGACACUCGGACUCAUUUGGUUUUGUGGUUGAUGAAAGAAUACGGAGUUGUUGAAUCAUGGACUAGACUGGGGAUGAUCUUUGCAGAGCCUUUACCAGGGCCAUAUAGUGUCAUUGAACCCUUGUUCAUUAAUGAAAAUAGCAUUGUUCUGCUAAGAACAAUGAAUGCAUUUUUCUUGUAUGACUUAAAUAAUGGUAGGUUAGUUAUUCCUUUGAUUUCCACCUCAGUUAAUAUGAAUCAAUUUCUUUACCUUGAGAGUCUUGUCUCGCCGCAAUUGUAA